AUGGCGAGCGACGUGCCCAUGAGCCCCGAGCUCGAGCAGGUGGACGGCGAGAUCCAGGACAUCUUCCGCGCGCUCCAGAAUGGGUUCCAGAAGAUGGACAAGAUCAAGGACUCCAGCAGGCAGUCCAAGCAGCUGGAGGAUCUCACCGGCAAGAUGAGAGAGUGCAAGCGCUUGAUCAAAGAAUUUGACCGUAUACUCAAGGAUGAGGAGAAAAAGAACACUCCUGAUGUCAACAAGCAGCUCAAUGACAAGAAGCAGUUCAUGAUCAAAGAACUCAACUCCUUUGUAACCUUGAGGAAAACGUACCAGAGUAGCCUUGGUAAUAAGAGGAUCGAACUAUUCGAUACUGGUAACGACCAAGUGGCUGACGAAACUCCAGUUCAAAUGGCAUCAGAAAUGUCAAAUCAAGAACUCGUUAGCGCUGGAAGGAAACAAAUGGACCAAACUGACCAAGCCAUUGAGCGCUCAAAAAUGGUUGUAGCACAAACUGUUGAAGUUGGAGCUCAGACUGCUGCAACUCUGUCACAGCAAACAGAACAAAUGAAGAGAAUAGGCAAUGAGCUAGAUUCUGUCCACUUUUCACUGAAGAAGGCUAGUCAAAUGGUGAAAGAGAUUGGCCGUCAGGUUGCUACUGACAAAUGCAUUAUGGCGUUCCUGUUUCUGAUUGUCUGUGGUGUUAUUACAAUAAUUGUUGUUAAGAUUGUCAACCCACAUAACAAGAACAUCAGAGACAUUCCGGGGCUGGCACCUCCCGCCAUGAACAGGAAGCUGCUGUCCAUCGAUGCUUUCAGAGGGCUCUGA